ACAUUAUUUCUCUGAUUUGUUUGACUUAUGUUAUGCCGCUGAUUGUGCAUAUUGGUUGGUGUUAUAUUAAAUGCGGUGCUGAUAGGAGGAUUUGAUUAAGUGUAACUUUGCAGCAUAGUUGGGGUAAUGCUGUAAUCAGACAUGUGGUGAAGUCUGCCUUGGCUGAUGAUGGGCGGUCAUUUUAGCAGCCAUGGAUGACUUGAAAAGGGAACGUGCUAAUGCCAAGAGGAGAUUCACCAGGAAGGUGGGACUCUUCAAGGAUGCACACAAGAGAGGAAACUCCACAGCAACCCUACAAGUAUUGUAUAGUGAAGUUUGUGAUUCUUUCAAAGUAGUGGAUGUGGUGAAUGAGAAAAUUAUUGACCUUUUAGAUGGUAGUUCAUCUUGCCAAGAGUAUGAAGACUAUAUCAUGGAAUUGGAAACUAUAAAGUGCACUCUUCUUGAGACAUUAAAAGAAAAACCUAAGGCUGUACUUGCCAUGAAAAAAAUUGAGCCUCCUAAAUUUGGUGGAUCUGUAAGGUCAUUUCCCUCGUUUAUUAGGGAUUAUACAAGACUGGUUGAAUCACAACAUGGUGAGGAUCCCUAUGUACUCAGAAUGUCACUAGAGGGGGAACCCAGGAGACUUGUAGAAGAUUUAAAUGAUUACAAAAGAAUGUGGGAGAGAUUGAAUGAAACAUAUGGUCAUGAAGGAAAGUUAAUUGAUUCAAUCUUGGGAGACAUUAGGUCAUAUAAGCCAAUAAGUGAAGGUGAUGAUAAACGGUUAAUCAAGCUAAUCAAUACUGUAGAAAAGGUAUGGUUAGAUGUAAGCAACUUGAACCUAACAAAGGAGUUGGAGAAUGUUACUGUCCUGACUCAAGUAGAAAAAUUGUUACCCUCUAUGUUGAAAAAGGAAUGGGCUAGUAAAGUACAACAAGUGAAGACUGACAAGUUUAAAGAGUUGGUUGCAUUCUUAACAGAGCAUCGAAAACUUUAG